AUGGCAUGCCGGCCUUUGGGAUCUGGCGCUUUUAGCGACCAUCCCUUCCAGUUCUCUCCGUUCCAGCCCGCAACCCUUGUUCGACAAGAUGUCGACGAAGAGCUGAAAAGAGAGCCAGCUAUAGUUGAGUCUGUUCAACAUCUGCUUGAGCUCGAUCUGGACCUGAGCAAAAUCUUCAAGCUGCGGCAAACCAAAUAUCUCAAUGCGUUACAUUUACUUACCGACGCAGAUGAAGGUGAUAUCUGUGCGGCGUUCAGACUUCUUAGUUUCGGAAAUUCUCAGCGUCUACCUCAGAAUAUGAGCACAAGACUGUCACAACAGUCGUAUGCGUAUCCUCCAUCGCGAGUGCCUAGCCUCGUCUCCGAUCGAUCCAGUCUAAGGUUGUCGGCAAAUCUUGGAGUUCCAAUACACGACCCUACCAGGCCCGUCUUUGGAUACGUCAACGAUAUGUCACCUAUGCCUUCACAAUUGUCAUCAUCAGAUGACAUGUUCCGUGCUUCUAUUGGAUGCAUUCAGCAUACCUCCAUGGACUAUUUGGCGACCAGCAAGGAAGGCCUCCAAUUCUAUGCAACAAAUCCACACCUUGCAGAAUGUGUUGCCCCUUGUAUGCAGCGACAGUCAGACACGCAGGUCGUUGCUCCUCCUGCCUCACAAACUGCGUUUGAAAUGCCUCUCUCGACAAGCGCUGUGGACGAGUUGCUCUUGCCGAGCGGAGGGGAACGACAGUUUUGGCACCCAGAUACCCUUGUUCGACCUUCAUUCAUAACUGAACAUGAACCAACACCAAAUCGCAAUCGGAUUCGGAAAUUCAAGUGUCCUUGCCCGGAAGACGGCUGCACCAAAGACUUUUUGAGCCCAAAGGAACUUGCGAAGCAUCUGACCGCAAACCACGACCAGAAUUCCACAUUCUGCUGCAAGCAUUGCGAUUAUCCUCAAACACACCGUCCCUCAACUUGGAAGAGGCAUCACAGUACUCGGCAUAGUAAAUGCGAGGGUAAUGGGGAGUGCCUUGAAGAGAUUUGUAUCCGAGAAAGAAAACACUGGGCCUGCGGCUUGUGUGUCAACCUGGAGAAAGAUGUGGGGGAGUUUGCCACUCACUACAAGAGGCAUUUCGAACACGGCAAUGUUCAGAAGAGCGAUAUCAGCGUCUCCACCAUCAUUCGCAGCUUGCUCACGCAAGAUGCCACCAGAGACAAAUGGAGCGCGCUGAACGUUGACAUCGAGCGUCCAGACGGCACUUUUCGACUUUCAUGGGACGCGCAAAAAGUGACAGAAAUUCGUGAAGCGCUCGAGUAUGAGACUUUCAGAGAUUCUACCUUCGACGAGGCUGGCGUCGUCGACCGCCUUCUACAAGAGGUGCUGGCUCGUGCCACAUACCACUGA